AUGAGGACAAGGAAGCUCCCGUACCCACUAGAAAAGGUCUGGUUGGACAAGCACCAGUAUGAUGAAGCGGAGAGGCUCCACUAUGAAAGAGAAGCCACGUUGGCAGCCUCAGCCACUGAAAAGGGCCAAGAGGUGGAAGCAAUGAACAGUGUUUGCCAUGAUGAUCCUGUCGAGGGCGAAUGGAAAGACAUGAAAAGAGUGAAAAAUGGGAAGAAGCAAAAGAAAAGGAAGCGCUCUCCAAAAACCAAGAGUUUGGUCUCCAACGUAGAUUUCGUCCUGACUGGUUUAUUAGCUGAUGGCGUGUGGUUUGACAAACCUUUCUUCGAUCAUGCUGAAAACAUGUUCAGAAAGAAACUUGCAGAUGACCUGACCCAGAAGGCCCCUGAAACUGAACUGGAUGCUGAGCAGCCAGCAUUCGUGUCCUGGUCAGAAGAAGCUGUCCCAGGUAUUCCUAAGCCAAGGAAGAACCCAGCAGCCUUGCACUGCACCCAUGCCAGUCUGAUUGCUUGUCACCAUGUCAUCCAGGAUGUCUGGGUCAACAAGUUCAACUUUGAUGAGGCAGAGAAGGUGUUUGUUGAAAGGUCUCAAUCUUGUGUUCAUCCACACUUCCUAGAUCUUCCAUCGGUACGAUGGAACAGUGACUAUGGUGAUGUUGAUCAAAGAACUCCAGAUGAAGGGUAUAUAACAGCUCUAUCUACUCCUGCAAACCCUGCUACACCAUGCCUGUCAACAGAUGUUGUGGUUCAUUCUGGUGCCUCUUUCGUUACCAGUUUGCCCAGUCCUGCACACCAGACAAUAAAUGGCAAGCCUCAGAUAUUGAGCUUGCAGGCAUUGAUUUCGGAGGUGUGGCUGGAGAAACCUAUUUAUGAUGAUGCUGAGAAAUGCUUCUACGAGAACAUGACUGAUGGGCAUCCUCCAGGGAAGGUGAGGCCUCAAGAGCGCAGCCGUCCAGAAGCCUCAAAGAGCAGCCGAAAGGACAAGAAGGGCCGCAGUCCCGGGAAACGAAUGAAUUCUCGACAUGUGGAGUUCACCACCAACCCUUCCCUUCCUAAAGAUGCCGAGCACCCUCCGCCUACCUGGUAUUUCCUGCACAAGGACAGUGAGCAUUUGUGGCUUAGUAAACCCACAUACGACAGCGCUGAAUCACGAUACUAUGCAUCUGAGGCCCUGAAAAUGUCGAGCAGACAAGAUAAUGCAAGGGUUCCAGAACUCACGCUAGCAAAACCAUCUCGACCUGCUUCUCGUGCCACAAGCGUGCCUGCAUCAGAAACUAAGUAG